UAAAAAAAAAACAAAAUAUACAAAUCUAUGUUUAAUUGUUUUUUAUUAGCCUACAAAGACUCAAAAUCUAACGUUGAAUUCUUUAUUUUCUCUCUCUAAAAUACGGAAUCUUCUUCCUCCGUUCUCCGAUCUACUUCUCCUCUCCGACUCAGGUGAUUAUUGAUGUUGGGGAUCUUAGAAGCCAAACAUGGCAUUUUGUGGAGCGGUGCUCUCGAGGUUGCGUUGUACAAAUGUUCCGAGUUCUGGAUGAGGAAUUUUAUGGAUCUUGGAGAGAUGUGAAGGAAUUUUUCUGAGAUAUUAAGCUUGGAGCUUCAUGAUUACAAUAAUAAAAGUUUUAAUUUUUAUUCUUGUUGUUGUUGUUGUUGUUGUGGCUAUUGGGGUUUGAAGGAUGAAAUGCCAAGGCUGGGUUUGUCAUGAUUGGGUCUCCGUUGAAGGGAGAAAUCCCCUGAAUUUGAAAGGACAGUUUUGAAGCUUCUUGUUUGGAAUUGAAUUGUAAAAAGGGGAUUUAUGAAGGGUUUGGUUUACACGCUAAUUUGGGUUUAGAUCAAACAAGGAUAGGGUUUCCUAAUUGAGUCUAUGUUGAACAAGAUAUGAUUGUUGGAGCUUAUCUUUUUAGUUUUGAAGGGAGAAUUUGCAAAUCUCUCUUUGCUUGUGUUGGUGGUGGAAAGUGGAGCACUUGGAGACUAAUUCUGAAUUUGGUUGCAAACAAGAUUGAGGAAAAGAAGUGAAAACAUUAAUCUUACAGCUGUUGGGAAUGGGAAGGGCUAUAGUAAGAUUCUGAUUCCCUGUUCUUCUCUCUCUUCGAUGUGGCAAGCAAAGCCUAAAGAAGCAUAAAGUGCUGGGGAGAAUCUUCAACAGAAGUAAAAUUCCAUUUACAGUGCCUUAUCAAGAUGGGUUUGAAACCCCAAAUAUUUAAAUAUGUAAAGGGUUUAAUCCUCUUUUUUGGUUUGCAUUUAGAGAUCAAUUUAUGAGGUUGGAAGGGUUUAGGCACUAAAUUUUUAUUGAUAUCCUCAUAAUGGAAUAAAAAUAAGAAGGAAACAGUAAAGAGUUUGAGCAUCAUUAAUCAAUGAUCAAGUGGGGCAGACCAUCUAAGGAACAAGAGCUAGUUUACGCAGAGUAGUUGCAUUGGAAACCUAGCUACAUUCCAGGUGGCUAUAUCUAUUAGCAGAACCUUGGGAGGACUUCUAAAAAGGAACACCAGUCAUUAACUCCUGUGUCAUUGCAAAAGGGAAUGGUCGUUCAUUAUGGAGAUGGCAGAGGUCAAUACUGGAGGUUCCCAUUCCAAUGAGAAGCAAACUUUGGAGUGUUCAGCAUCCGCUAAUGAACAAAAGGAGCCUAUGGAAGUGAGCACCUUUGUAUUCAUCAACCAUGCUGCAAUUGCUUGGCAUGACAGAAGAAGAGAGUGGGUUGGAGAUCAAUCCCAAAAGUCACAAAGAAAGCAGAAGGAUCCAAUUAUAAGCUGGUCAAUGACUUAUGAGGAUUUGCUCUCAACUAAUGAGCCUUUUUCAGAGCCAAUCCCUUUGACUGAGAUGGUAGAUUUUUUAGUUGAUAUCUGGCAAGAUGAGGGGCUGUAUGAUUAAUUCUAGUGGAAGGUUGGACAUGCUCUAUUCCUUUCUAGCUGCUGAUUCUUCCAUUUCUUGAUCAUAUGAACUCUGAAAAGCCUCUGCUAAACUUCAGAUUAACUCCCAAUGGAGCCAAAAUUGAAUUUUUAUUUUUGGCUUCUGAUUAAAAUUUAGACAGCAAUUUGAACAGUUUCGCUCUCUCAUUUAUAGGACAGAAAAAUUGAUUAUUACAUGAUGUUGUUGUUGCUGUUUUAUUAAGACACUUGAAAGAGAUUCUUACUGAGUCGUGGACGCAUGACAUUUCUCUGGUAUUUUUUUGGUGAUCUUUGAAUGAGUUAUCUGAAGAGUGGUGCUAAAUGUUCCUGGUAUAAAAUACAGACAUGAUAGGAAUAAAAAUAAAGGUGAAUUACAAUACCA